ACUAAAAUCUGAUACACACGCAGUAAAUUCCAACCCACAGCCUUGUCCUUCUCGAAUUCCUUCCUAUUGCCCCCUGUUCUUUAUGUCCUUCUGCCCCUCGCACUCCCCGCCGAUGGUGGCCGAUUCCCCCAAACAGCCAGAGGCGAUUACUACCCUGUUUACCGGGACAAUUGCCCAAAAUAUCGCCAAGGGUAUUCAGUGUGUGUGGAACACCCAUGCGAGAGACAGGAGUUGCCUGCAGUUGGAGCACUAAUAGGGGCUUUAAACUUGUGCGUCUCUCGGUUUGGUGGGGAUCGGGUGCUUUGUGUUGACGAGACAUGCCCUUGGUGAUCCUUUGAAAAAGCGCUUCAGCUUGGGGUCGUUAGAUAUUGUGUUUCAUUCGUGACUGCUGAUAAAUUAGGACCUCAAGUGAUAUGAGCAGUUCCAGCAAGUGAAAAAAAGAGAAAAAAAUCGUUGACUUUACUCCCGCGAGAAUGUACUUACGCGUGUUGUUGUGCUCAGUGUGGGCGACCUCCAUGCUCUGUGCGCCAGGCUCUGCUUCCCCUUCGAACUUCCUCUCGAGGUUACACUUCGCCGAAGGCAUCACCAGCCUGGGGUCGUCUCCGUACAUCGACCUGACCGCCCUCGACAACGGGCUAGCAGACGACCUCCUCGGCAGAGUGCGGGCGAGCCUCCGUGCGACCGGGAGCGGCGCCGACCGACGUGACAACUCGAGGUCCCUCCCGGCCAGCCGCGGGACCAACGCCUUCGCCGCGUCAGGAGCGAAGAAGUCCCACAUGGGCGUCUCGGAGAUGCUGCAGAGGGCCAUAGAUGACAUCGUGGUGAAGAAGGACCACACCCUCGCAUCUGUACUGUCGCACCAUCUGAGGUUCCUGGAGGAGAACCUCGUCAGCGGAGAAAGGGACGGAGAGCUGGUGGACAUGGAGCAGCUCCUGCGGUUCAGCGAGGCGGGGAAUUCGUCGUCGGUCGUCCAGCUUCCCCUGGACAACCACGACGACGACGAUGACAUCGAUUACGAGGCUCUAGGAUGCGGCGUGAAGAACGUGGCCGCCAGGAUUCUCGGGGGGUACGUGGCCGGCGUCGGAGAGUGGCCGUGGCAGGCGGCGCUCGUCCACGCCCCCUCAGGAAGGACCUUCUGCGGCGCCUCCCUCCUCAACACCCGCUUCCUCCUCACCGCCGCCCACUGCGCCGCCGUACUCCCCGUCAGGAAGGUGCAGGUCUGGCUGGGCGCCCACGACGUCUCGCUGCAGGAGGAGGAGGGGCGUGUGGUGCGAGGAGUGACCCACGCCAUCCUCCACGAGGGCUUCGACUCCCGAGAUCUCAGCAACGACGUGGCGCUCCUGAGGCUGGACGAAGCGGUGGCCAUGUCUCGCACCGUGAGGCCCGUCUGCCUGCCCGACGUCCAGGACUGGGACGAGGACAUAGCCCAAGGCAAGAGCGACGAUGCGGGCGUUGUCACGGGCUGGGGACUCACGGCCGAGCGAGGACAGCCCUCUCCUCACCUUCUGCAGGUGAGCCUCCCCUUCCUGAGCGUGGAGUCAUGCAAGCAGCACUACGCAGGUAUCAACCCAGUGUCAGCCAACAUGCUAUGCACUCUGCAUGAUUUUAAGGAUGGUGUUAGCCGCGACUCGUGUAAAGGAGACUCCGGCGGCCCCCUCGUGACGGAAGGGGAGAGCGGCCGCUGGACCCAAGUCGGAGUCGUCAGCUUCGGCUACGGAUGCGGACGCCGGGGAUACCCUGGGGUCUACACCCGGGUGACGCAAUACCUCCUCUGGAUCUACCUCAAGAUAGUGCAGAUGGAGAUCUCUCUGCUGUGAUGGAGGGAGACACGGGCUGCGCGUUGGUCUUCUGUGGCUGCCGUCGUGUUAUUUUGUCUUGUAAUAGAUUUUAAAAAAAUAUAAUAAUUCUGGCUUGGUGGGCUGGAUCUGCCGAGAGUCAUUGUUGUAAUAUGUUAUAAUAGUUCGUGUGGGUCUUCCAGGCUGCGUGCCCUGUACCGACUUCAUUCAUGGAUAUAAUUUCAUAUGAGAGCCUUGAUGUACACAUAUAAGUAUACCUACAUACACAUGUACGUAUAUAUGUAUGUACGUACGUAUAUAUGUAUACUUCACAUAUACAUACAUAUAUAUGUAGAUAGGUAUACAUGCAUACACUGCUACAUAUACGUACAUAACGUACACAUACAACUUAUACACAUGCAAAUACAUAACCCAAUACACUUUUUAAAUAUUUCAUUUUGAAUUCCUUAAGUGUCAACGAACAUUGAACUAGUCUUUGUGACGUUGAGUGAACAGAUCUGUAAAUCCGGUUUUGCAAUGAUACAAUUUUUUGGGGGGAGAUAUAUAACACGUGUUAUCGUUUUCAUGUGAAAUGUUAUGAAGAUUCGAGAUUUUAUUUGUUGUUUUUUUCACGAUUAUAAUGACUGGGCCACAACUGGAAAUGUGAUUUGUGCUCCCUUGUGUCUUUUACCUAUUUCAUCUUUGCUUUGUCAAAGUAUUUUUUAAAACUGUUUUGCCAAUGCUCUGUGAUACGACUGUGAACGAAACACUUUUUUUUUUAAAUAAAAUGUGUAAUUGCUG